AUGGAUAGCGAUUACUACAAGGGGUUCGGCUAUAACCCGCAGUCAAAUAGGGAUCCAAACCAAGAUUCCGAGCAGCCGAUGACGUAUGACGGCUCUUACAACAACUACCAAGACACCAUGAUAUCCAAAGAACCCACGAUAUGGCCACAACAGGAUCAGAGGCGACAGGAGCAGAAUAGUGAUAUGUACGACGAAAGUGCUUACUACCAAAACGAUUCAAAUUUGAGUAACCCGGUCAUUGGACUGUUAUUUCCGGUCUCGGAACAGGAACCAGCAACAUGGAGCAUGCCAGGCGCUUUCAAGACUGAGGAUGGUAUGGACCUUGAUCACUCUCCACCCUUUACGGUAGCUCUGGAUAUGUAUUUUGAUGCUAUAACACUGACCAUGAAUGAGGAGAGGCAACAGAACGUUGGCUUCUUUAACCAGGAGACGCAACUGGGGGGCUACAAGAAGACAUACCAGCAACAGCCCUUCGACAGUGGUGUACUCAUUACUGAGACACAAAAUAUACAACUACGAGGUUCUGAGCCCAAUGCAUACAACUUCCAGAUGACCCCAACAGCUCCGCCUACAGAUCCGCUUGGAAAUGUUCAGAUGGAAGACAACCCCGAUUUAUACCCCCAAGAGAUUGCAGGACCAUCUUAUACCACGGCAAACUAUCUUUCCGAAGCUUUUACACCCGAGAACAACGAAAGCAUCUUCAAAACAGCCAGCAUACCGACACCUGAAGAAGAUGGCAGUAAUGUUUGUAGCUCCGGCGAAAAGCAUGAUGUAAGACAUCGCCCUUCGAUUCUGGUGCACGGUGCCGACUUGCUGCCAUUGACUACCACAAACUCACUUACUCCUUCUGUUAGUUCCCUUCAUCUGACGCAGCCGUCGUACUUCUCAGCCAAUCAGUUUUUAAGAUCACUGUUCGACCAGCCGCCCUCUCUGAUACACCGCCCCUCCAUUGACCUUUACUCACGGCAACGUCUUUCCAUAGAUAGUCAAAACUCUGGUGCAAAACCUGUCCAAAAUUCCUCAAGAUCGUUUGCCAGCUAUUUUCCGUUUAUGGGAGACCGGGAACGAAAACUGCCGGUCCAUCAAAAUCCUCCAGAGUGGGUACAAUCACCAUCAGGACAACAUCGCCACCUAAUACGGAGCAUUUUCAAAUCGAGUAAUGAGGUGCCUGAAAAUCCUGCUAUACCCGAGGAUUCAAUAUAUACAGAAACCCCUGUUGAAGAAGAGGAUUUGGCAGCGUUAGGAGAAGGAGGAUCUCAGAAGAAAGCAAAGCGCCCUCGUAGGGGUCUUUUUACUCGUUUGAGACAAGGAAAAACAGAGGCAGAGAGACCGGAAUCCAAUUUUUCUGAGACUAUGAAGUCUGACCUUCAGGAAUCUGAGUUUCUCCUAAAGCAGGAAUUUGGUGGCCCAGAAAGCGAUAAACCACGGAAAAGUAAUGAUUCAUUCAAAUUAGAAUCUACUGACCCUACUUCCAUGAAACUAACUUUUCUGGAAGUUGAUGCUAUAAAGGCUGAAACGCAAAGUUCUGCACCAUCCAAUGAUAGAGACUCUAGUGCAAAUUCAUUGAAUAAGGUCAAUUCGACUGGAUAUGCGGAUGGAAACCAGGAGCCAAACUAUGGAGCUUUGUUUCAAGGUGUUGGUAAGAGACGCAAUUUGGUAGGAAUUAAGAGUAAAAAAUCAAAAGCGACUGAACCAACCGUUAAAAUGGAGAUCAAGCAGGAACCAGAUUCAGAGAGGUUAUCUUUAUCCAAUGGACGCUCUAGCAAUGACAAUGAUGCUCGCCUGACACAAAGUCAUCCAUACUCGCAAUGUUCGUCGAUGUCUAAUGAAUCAAAUCUGGAAGGACAGGGAUCUUCUUUUGCCAGUGCUUCCAAGAGAAUGUUGGGAUCACGACUCUUGAAGCGGAGGGGAAACACUGUGCGAAAUGAAACCCAAAGUGAUGUUGUGGAGAUUGACCUUCAAUCAUUAGAUCUCCCACCGAAUACGGAAAUCUUACCACAAAUCAACCCCAACAAUAGAACCAGAGGACGAAAAGAGGAUAAAGCUGCAGACAUGGAGGAUCAGUCGAAGAUAUACGUUUGCGGCUAUUGCAGCCGGCGUUUCAAAAGACAAGAACAUCUAAAGAGGCACUUCCGGUCAUUGCACACUUCAGAGAAGCCGUACGAAUGUCCCAUUUGUCAGAAGAAGUUCAGCCGAACGGACAACCUUAACCAGCACUUGAAGGUGCAUAAGCAAGAGGAUGGGGAUAUGGAAGAAGAAUAG